GCCACAACCCCCCUUUAGUUUAAAAUCACGUCAGUCUCUCCUCCAGCCGAGCAGGUUACGCGGUGGCUCUCCUGUCUCUGCUCACAGGUGACUCCCGGGCUGCGAAGACGCGCGCUGCGGGAUCCGAGGAAACACCGGAGGUCUCCCCUCACAGCUCUGGUAUUAAAUUCUAGUCACGUUCGCGAAAAGGGCAGGAAUUAGAUCACCAUACAGGUCCCUGAGAAGAGCCCCGGUCCUCUCAUUUUUGCCUCCACGCCUCCCACUCAACUUCCUAUAUUGUCUUCUUGUCUGUUUCAACGCGCUAAUCUAUUCAAACUUGAGGACAGCAUGACAGGAGGACUGAAGGACGGCGAAACAGACGAGGAGUUUCUGCAUUCGCCGUUCAUCCGAAAACAAGGGAACAUAUACAAACCUAACAACAAAGACAUGGACAACGACAGUCUGAACGAGAAGACGAUGGAGGAUGUCCACACCAAAGAGAUCGACCUGGUCAACCGGGACCCAAAGCGCAUAAACGACGAUGUUGUCAAGGUAGACUUUGAGGACGUGAUUGCUGAGCCUGCAGGGACCUACAGCUUUGAUGGCGUGUGGAAAGCCAGCUACACCACCUUCACUGUCACCAAGUACUGGUGCUACCGGCUGCUGACAGCGCUUGUCGGCAUCCCUCUGGCACUGAUCUGGGGUAUCUUCUUUGCCAUCCUGUCCUUCAUACACAUCUGGGCCGUGGUGCCAUGCGUCAAGAGCUACUUGAUCGAGAUCCACUGCGUCAGUCGUGUCUACUCCAUCUGCGUGCACACCUUCUGCGACCCGCUGUUCGAGGCCAUGGGCAAGUGCUUCAGCAGCAUCCGAAUCCGCUUGAGCAAGGAGGUGUAGCAUCUGCGUGGAGGAGGAGGAGGAGGAUUACCGGAAAGAGGGGAGGGAGAACGGGAGGGCUAGAGCCACACAGAUGGAGGGAAAAGUCAGAACAAAAAAAAAAGAAAAAAAUGGAAAAUGAGAUGUGAGACUUUUCCAGAGCUGGGCGGAGAUUGUUUGGAAGUGAAGGGGCGUGGUCAUAUGGCACCUGACAUCGCCUUUUUUCACCAGCUGUUUGUUUCUCUCCAAUGUUGGUGUAUCCAAAGGGGUGGGCACAGGAAAUCAAAGGGUCAUUUUCCGGGGUUUUUGUUGUUUUGUUCAAGUUCUCUCAGUUUUUUUUUUUUUUUUUUUUUUUUUUUUUUAUUUCCUCACUGUUAACUUUGUCAAGCAAGCAAUCCAGCUCCAUAUCUGUUUCCUGUUAGUCUUGCCACAUGAUGUAAAUUCCUUCCAUUCUUAUCAUGUCUGUGGAGAGCUUAUCACUUUGAUUGAUUCAUGUGAAGAGGGGAUGUCAGAGUGUAUCACUGUCUUCUCUCGCGCUUUGUGUGUGUGUGUUUGUGUUUUUUGGAGCCGUUGGGGCAGGGCAGGAUGGGGGGUUGUUAAGGUCAAAGCAGAGAGAAAGAGUGAGCUCUGCCAAAUUCUAUCUGACUCAGCGAAAACAAAACAACCACACAAGCCGAACAGUGCAGCAACACCUCUCUCUGCCCCCCCUCCCACCCACACCCCAUGACCUCCAACCCACCAAAAACCAACCACCCCAUCCCCUCCCCCUUCACCCGGCUUUCCAGCAGUCUGACACACUGAACCUGCCCUUGUUCCUGCAUGCACCUACGUCGCCUUGCCAGCAACUCGCCGUCCGCCACCGCCACGCUCUGUGCAUCAGCUUCUUACUCCACCUACAUCACCAUUAUCCUCAUAAUGACAUGAGUGUGUGACAGAGAAUGUUAGCGUUUCAAUUUUACAAGAACUUCUUUUUUUGUUGUUGUUUUUUUAACUCCAAUGUGGGUUUUGUGACCAAUUUCAUUUUUCAGUGAAGCUCUUUUCAAAGCACGUCACCAUGUUCCACCAUGUUCCACAGUGAAUGCUUUUUUCCUACACUACGAAUAUGAAGAACUUUGAGGGGUUAACUUUCUUUUAAUAUCAUAUAUGUCUUGUAUGGAUGCUUAUGCAGAAAAUGAGACUUUGCAGGCCAUGGCCUCAAUCCAGUGCACUAAUCUAUGGGUAAGUAUCGUUAGUGAACAGCACAUGAAGAUCUCCUUUCUAUAUUUGCAAAGGUAGUAGAAUAUUAGCCAUUACUUUUGCACACUCUGCACUACAGGAUGUGUAGUUACAAGCUUGUGUGGAGAUUUUUCUUAUGCACUGUGCUACUUACACAGGUUAAUGCAUUGGAAUUGGACAAUGUGAGGUGAAAUGUGUGAUUUUAGUUGCAUUUUUAUUUGUUAUCUGGUCAUAUUUUUGCACCCUGCCCCUCUUUUGUCUUCAUAUUUCCCCUUAUUAGUUUGUUCAGCCGCCCUGCUUCUUUACUGUGGACACGAUGCUAAAACAGCAUCAAACUGAUGCCUCCCACCCCAGAGAUGGUUGAAAGGAGAGAUGGUUGGGUGGGGUUUCUAGGAUGGGGUGGUUGGGUUAUGUUUUUUGAGACAUCGCUUUGACUCCGUCACCUUCAGUCUACCUGCUGUCUUCUCACAGGGAUGGUUAUAUCACAGCACCUGAUCUUUGAAUUGAGUGUUUUUAAGCUCUAAAGGUGAUAUUUUUAUAAGAUUUUUUUUUCCUUCCUUGCUUUUACUGUACAAUAUCACGCUGUGCACAUUAAAAUUUAAUAUAAUCCAG